AAAAAGAGAAAGGAAGUUCAUGAGGAACCUAUACAGAAGAAGAAAAAGGUGAAAAGUAGUGGGAGCCAGACUGUUAUUAAAGUUGAGAAAGAUGUUCAAUCUGUCAUUAAAACUGAGGAUGAUGACCAGCUUGAGGUGAAAACAAAGAAUAAUCAGAGUAGUGAUGUGGAGCUUUCAAAUCAUCAUACAGAUGGUGCUAAGGAAAAUGAAUGUGUCCUUAAAAAAAGCAGAAAGAAUACUGCUUUGAAUCUGGAAUUGGCUGGUGAAGUAACUAAGAAAAAAAAGAAGACGACAGACCUUUUUUCACUGGAGGACAUCCAGGACAGUGAACAUAAACGGUCUGAAAAAGUUCGUAAAAAACCACACAAAUACAUUUCACAAGAAAAAGCUUUUACUGAUGAAACCCAUGGAACAGAUAUUAUCCAGAAUGAUGGGGAGAGUUAUGUGAGAAGAAAGAAGAGGAAGAAAAAGAAAGAUAAGUCCAACUCCAUUUUACCACUAGCAGAUAAUCAGGACAGCACCGCUGCAGUUCCCGACAGUCCCAUUGCAUUACGUGACUUCAGAAAAAGGCAAAGAAAGAAUUCCCAGGAAGUUGCUUUCACAGAUACAGGGGAAGAGGACACUACUAACUCAGGAAGUGUCAGAGAGACCAAGAGGAAGAAGAAGAAAAGCAAAGAUGUUUUUUCCUUAGUAUGUGAAGAUGAUCAAAACUACAGUCACAGAGUUCCUGAUCAGCAUCUCCCAGCACAGCGAGAAGUCGAGUCUGAGGAAGAAGAGCUUUCUGGAAAAACAUGCAGGAAGACUAUCAGGGAUAAUAGUGAAUCAGCUCUGUCCCUUAAUAAUAAAAAGUACUUUGGAGAAAUUCUCCUGAAGGUUGAGAAGUCUGGAAAAGAAAUGCUGAGGGCAAUGAUCUGGAAACGCCAGUCAAUGGGAGCAAAACCUGCUGAAGGGCUGCACCAGUGGAAGAGUUACCAGUACCUGGCCGCUGGUGGACUCUGCCGCCGAUUCGCCUCCUGCCGUCCUGCCCACCCGUUCCUGCCGUGGCCACUCCGUCUCCUCACAUCAUCCCCGUUCCUCGAUCUCAAGUGUGGAACUAACGUGUCGUUUGCCGCCAUUGAACAUGUGGAUGAUGUAACUAUUGUGCAGGAAAAAAAAGGAAACUGUGAUGAAGUUAACAUAGACAAGGUGAGGCGGCAGGCUCUGCAAGAAGAAAUUGAUAGAGAAUCUGGCAAAACUAAGGUUUUCAGUCCCAAAGUGGAACAGGAUGCAAAGUUUGGCCAGUGGAGUACAGCUGCUUUUCAAAGUUCUGAGGAACAAAUGAAGUUUUUUAGACUGAUGGGUGGCUUUAAGAAGGGCUCUGUGCCCAUCCAAACUCUCUCAGCAGCUACAAACAAACCAAACAUGGCUCUGAACAGGGAAGGGGAGGAGAAGUUACAGCAGGCUCUGAAGAUGGAAUUCGAUAAAGCAAUGGACUUGAAGCAACAUAGAGGAAUCGGUCUUGGAUUUCAACCUGCUGCCAACAAAAAAGUAUACAUAGACAAAUACACAUCUAGAUCUAUAAAAUUUGAAGAUUAA